UGAGGUGAGACAAUAAAAGGCAGUGGAGCUCUGGUCACCUCAGCCAUUUACUGGUUAGCCAAGUUGUGAUCAGCCUGAGCGAGUGCCAAGCGAACGAACCCAAGUCCACGUCUGUCUAUCUCCGCGUCCACACACACACACCAUGGCCAUGUUCAACAGGAACGAGUUUGGUGAAGCUGCUGCUUUCCUCAGGAAAAGUGACAAAGAGCAGAUGGUUACACAGACCAUCGCUUUUGAUGGUAAGAAGCGUUGCUGGAUCCCCGAUGAGAAGGAGGCUUACGUUGAGGCAGAGAUUAAGGAGCGAGCGGGUGACAAAGUCACAGUGGAAACCAAGGGGGGCAAAACGGUGACGGUGAAGGAGGACGAUGUGCAGCUGAUGAACCCACCCAAGUUCGACAUGAUCGAGGACAUGGCGAUGCUCACACAUCUCAACGAGGCCUCUGUCCUCCACAACAUGCGCCGCCGCUAUGCCAACUGGAUGAUCUAUACCUACUCUGGUUUGUUCUGUGUGACCGUGAACCCAUAUAAAUGGCUCCCGGUUUACACUGCUCCUGUGGUCGCUGCCUAUAAGGGGAAGCGUCGCUCAGAGGCUCCUCCCCAUAUCUACUCCAUUGCAGACAACGCCUACAAUGACAUGUUACGCAAUAGAGAGAACCAAUCCAUGCUCAUCACGGGUGAAUCCGGUGCCGGUAAAACCGUGAACACCAAGCGUGUGAUUCAGUACUUUGCUAUUGUCGCUGCGUUAGGAGAAGGAGGUGGAAAGAAAGGCUCCCAGCCGGCCACCAAGACUGGGGGCACUCUAGAGGAUCAGAUCAUUGAGGCUAACCCGGCCAUGGAGGCUUUCGGCAAUGCCAAGACUUUGCGGAACGACAACUCGUCCCGUUUUGGCAAGUUUAUCCGCAUCCACUUCGGGCCCACGGGCAAACUGGCCUCCUCUGACAUUGACAUCUAUCUGCUGGAGAAAUCCCGAGUGGUUUUCCAGCAGCCGGGGGAGCGGAGUUACCACAUCUACUACCAGAUCCUGUCCGGCAAAAAGCCAGAGCUCUUCGACAUGUUGCUGGUCUCUAAGAAUCCCUUUGAUUAUCACGUCUGCUCCCAGGGUGUGGUAACUGUGGACAACCUGGAUGAUGGGGAGGAGCUGAUGGCCACGGACCACGCGAUGGACAUCCUGGGUUUCACGCUGGACGAGAAGUACGGCUGCUAUAAGAUAGUCGGGGCCAUCAUGCACUUCGGGAACAUGAAGUUCAAACAGAAACAGCGAGAGGAGCAGGCGGAGACCGACGGCACUGAGAGUGCUGACAAGGCAGCGUACCUGAUGGGUGUGAGCUCGGGCGACCUCCUGAAGGGGUUGCUUCACCCCCGCGUCAAGGUCGGCAAUGAGUACGUGACCAAAGGUCAGACCGUGGCACAGGUGGUGUACGCUGUGGGGGCGUUGGCUAAAGCCACGUACGACCGGAUGUUUAAGUGGCUGGUGAUGCGCAUCAACAAGACGCUGGACACCAAACUCUCGCGGCAAUUCUUCAUCGGCGUCCUGGACAUCGCCGGCUUCGAGAUCUUUGACUUUAACAGCUUUGAGCAGCUCUGCAUCAACUUCACCAACGAGAAGCUGCAGCAGUUUUUUAACCACCACAUGUUCGUGCUGGAGCAGGAGGAGUACAAGAAGGAGGGCAUUGAGUGGGUCUUCAUCGACUUCGGACUGGACCUGCAGGCCUGCAUAGACCUCAUCGAGAAGCCGAUGGGGAUUCUGUCUAUCCUGGAGGAGGAGUGUAUGUUCCCCAAAGCCUCUGACAUGUCGUUUAAAGCCAAACUGUACGACAAUCACCUGGGCAAGUCCCCCAACCUGCAGAAGCCGAGGCCAGACAAGAAACGCAAAUACGAGGCCCACUUCGAGCUCGUUCACUAUGCCGGAGUGGUCCCUUAUAACAUCAUGGGGUGGCUGAACAAGAACAAAGACCCCCUGAACGAGACGGUGGUCAGUGUUUUCCAGAAAUCCUCCAACAAGGCCUCGCUGCUGGCCUCGCUGUACGAGAAUUACAUCUGUGACUCAGGUUCCGAUCACCCAAAACCGGCCACGAAGGAGAAACGCAGGAAAGCGGCCUCAUUCCAGACAGUCUCCCAACUGCACAAGGAGAAUCUGAAUAAAUUGAUGACCAACCUGCGCUCCACACAGCCUCACUUUGUUCGCUGUAUCAUCCCCAACGAGACCAAGACCCCAGGUGUGAUGGACCCGUUCCAGGUGCUGCACCAGCUGAGGUGUAACGGAGUGCUGGAAGGGAUCCGUAUCUGCCGUAAGGGCUUCCCCAACCGCCUGCUGUACACCGACUUCAAACAGCGGUACCGGAUCCUCAAUCCCACCGCCAUUCCCGAGGACAAGUUCGUGGACAGCAGGAAAGCCACCGAGAAGCUGCUCGGAUCCCUGGACAUCGACCGAACCCAGUACAAGUUUGGCCACACUAAGGUCUUCUUCAAGGCAGGGCUGCUGGGACAGCUGGAGGAGAUGAGGGAUGAGCGUUUGGCCAAGAUCCUGACUAUGAUCCAGGCCCGGAGCCGAGGGCGUCUCAUGAGGAUCGAGUUCCAGAAAAUCAUUACCCGACGGGACUCGCUCCUCGUCAUCCAGUGGAACAUCCGCGCCUUCAACGCGGUGAAGAAUUGGUCGUGGAUGAAGCUUUACUUUAAGAUCAAACCUCUGCUGAAGAGCGCGGCCACCGAGAAGGAGAUGGUUGCCCUGAAGGAGGAAUUCCAGAAGCUGAAGGAGGCUCUGGCCAGGUCCGAGGCCAAACGCAAGGAGCUGGAGGAGAAGCAGGUCAGCCUGACCCAGGAGAAGAAUGACCUGUGUCUGCAGAUCCAAGCGGAGCAGGACAAUCUAGCGGAUGCGGAGGAGCGCUGUGAGCUGCUGAUCAAGUCCAAGGUGCUGCUGGAGGCCAAGGAGAAGGAGCUGAGUGAGCGGCUGGAGGACGAGGAGGAGAUGAACGCCGAGAUCACCAGCAAGAAGCGCAAACUGGAGGACGAAAGCGCUGAGCUGAAGAAGGACAUCGACGACUUGGAGAUCAGCCUGGCCAAGGUGGAGAAGGAGAAGCACGCCACGGAGAACAAGGUGAAGAACUUGACGGAGGAGAUGGCAGCCCUGGAUGAGAGCAUCGUGAAGCUGAGUAAGGAGAAGAAGAGCCUGCAGGAGGCCCACCAGCAGGCACUGGACGAUCUCCAGGCUGAGGAGGACAAAGUCAACUCACUGAGCAAGAGCAAGGCCAAGCUGGAGCAGCAAGUGGACGAUCUGGAGAGCUCCCUGGAGCAGGAGAAGAAGGUGAGGAUGGACUUGGAGCGGGCCAAACGCAAGCUGGAGGGGGACUUGAAACUGAGCCACGAGUCAGUCAUGGACCUGGAGAACGACAAGCAGCAGCUGGAGGAGAAGUUGAAAAAAAAGGACUUUGAAGUCAAUCAAUUCAGCUCCAAAGUGGAGGAAUUGGAGGCCCUGAUCGUUCAGCUACAGAAAAAGAUUAAGGAGCUGCAGGCGAGGCUGGAGGAGUUGGAGGAGGAGCUGGAGGCUGAGCGGGCCGGGCGGGGGCGGGUGGAGAAGCAGCGAGUGGAGGUGGGGAGGGAGCUGGAGGAGCUGAGCGAGCGGCUGGAGGAGGCGGGGGGAGCCACGGCGGCUCAGGUACAGAUGAACGCCAAGCGGGAGGCGGCGCUGGUGAAGCUGCGGCGGGAGCUGGAGGAGGCCACGCUGGCACAUGAGGCCACGGCUGCCGCUCUCCGCAAGAAACACAGCGACACCACCGCCGAGCUCUCCGAGCACAUCGACAACCUGCAGCGCGUCCGGCAAAAACUGGAGAAGGAGAAGAGCGAACUGAAGAUGGAGACCGAGGAUCUGAGCUCCAACCUGGAGCAGCUCAGCAAACACAAGGCUUAUUCGGAGAAGUUGUGCCGUACGCACGAGGAUCAGCUAAAUGAGGCGAAGAGUAAACUGGAGGAGCUUCACCGACUGACAGUGGACCUGUCGGCACAGAAAGCGCGACUCCAGACAGAGAACGGCGAGUUCAGCCGGCAGCUCGAGGAGAAGGAAUUGAUGAUUAACCAGCUGAGCCGCGGAAAAGUCUCCUCCACACAGACCAACGAGGAGCUGAGGCGGCAGCUGGAAGAGGAGAGUAAGGCUAAGGGAGCCCUGGCCCACGCGCUGCAGGCUGCCCGCCAUGAUGGGGAUCUGUUGAGGGAACAGUACGAGGAGGAGCUGGAGACCUUGAGUGAGCUGCAGCGAGCGCUGUCCAAGGCCAAUGCCGAGGUGGCUCAGUGGAGGAAUAAGUACGAGACGGACGCCAUCCAGAGAACCGAGGAGCUGGAAGAGGCAAAGAAGAAGCUGGCCGCGCGGCUACAAGAGGCUGAGGAGGCGGUGGAGGCGGUGAACGCCAAGUGCUCGUCACUGGAGAAAACCAAACACCGUCUGCAGACCGAGAUCGAGGACGUGAUGAUCGACCUGGAGCGCUCGAACUCCGCAGCGGCCGUGCUCGACAAGAAGCAGCGGAACUUCGACAAGGUGCUGGCCGAGUGGAAGCAGAAGUAUGAGGAGACGCAGAGUGAGCUGGAGGGGGCGCAGAGGGAGGCCCGCAGCCUGAGCACCGAGCUCUUCAAACUCAAGAAUGCCUAUGAGGAGGCCCAGGACCACGUGGAGACGAUGAAACGAGAGAACAAGAACCUCCAGGAGGAGAUCGGGGACCUGACCGACCAGAUAGGAGAGGCCGGCAAGAACCUGCGUGAGCUGGAGAAGGUCAAGAAAGGCCUGGAGCAGGAGAAGAGCGAGGUGCAGGCUGCCUUGGAGGAGGCUGAGGGUACCCUGGAGCACGAGGAGAGUAAGACGCUUCGGGUACAGCUGGAGCUGUCCCAGAUGAAGGCCGAGGUGGAACGCAAGCUCGCUGAGAAAGACGAGGAGGCAGAGAACCUCAGGCGUAACCAGCAGCGGGUCCUGGAGGCCACACAGUUGGCGCUGGAGGCGGAGGCCAGGGGCCGGGGUGAGGCCGUGCGGCUGAAGAAGAAGAUGGAAGGCGACAUGAACGAGAUGGAGAUCCAGCUGAGCCACGCCAACCGCCAGGCCGCAGACUCCCUCAAACUGCUGCGUAGCCUCCAGUCACAGAUCAAGGAUGUGCAGUUGGAGCUGGAGGAGACGGCCAGACUGGCGGAGGGGUACCGGGAGCAGGCGGGCAUGGCCGAGCGCAGGAACACGCUGCUGGGAGCGGAGCUGGAGGAGCUGAGGGCGGAGCUGGAGCAGGCGGAGCGCGGCCGCAAACUGGCCGAACACGAGCUGCUGGAGGCCAACGAGAGGGUCAACCUGUUGCACGCUCAGAACACCAGUUUGAUUAACCAGAAGAAGAAGUUGGAAAGUGACAUCUCGCAGCUCAGUGGGGAGGUGGAGGAGGCUGUGCAGGAGUAUCGCAACGCAGAGGACAAGGCCAAGAAAGCCAUCACUGACGCGGCGAUGAUGGCUGAGGAGCUGAAGAAGGAGCAAGACACAAGCGGACACUUGGAGCGGAUGAAGAAGAACCUGGAGCAGACGGUGAAGGAUCUGCAGAUGCGGUUGGAUGAGGCUGAGCAGAUUGCACUGAGGGGCGGCAAGAAACAGAUCCAGAAACUGGAGGCCAGAAUGAAGGAGCUGGAGUCUGAGCUGGAAUCUGAACAACGCAAGAAUGCGGAGUCACAGAAAGGGCUUCGGAAAUAUGAGCGGAGAAUUAAAGAGCUGAGCUACCAGGGUGAGGAGGAUAGGAAGAACCUGGCCCGGAUGCAGGACCUGAUCGACAAACUGCAGCUGAAGGUGAAGAGUUACAAGCGGCAGAUGGAGGAGGCGGAGGAACAGGUCAACUCCAACUCUUCCAAGUUCCGGAAGCUUCAGCAUCAUCUGGAUGAAGUGGAGGAGCGAGCCGAGGUGGCAGAGACCCAGGUCAACAAACUGAGGACCAAAACCAGGGACUUCAAGCGCGAAGGAUAAAGCAAUGGAAUCAUGUCCUGGAUGCGGAUUUCUUCGCCUUUGUGUUUGCUGUGGUGUAGUGACUGUGUGAAAUGAAGUAGAUUCUGCACGCUCGACAAUCCUCAGUCACGUUUCCCAUCACCCCCUCUCGAGGCUGAGACAGUGACUGAUCUCAGCCCAGGCUCCUUGAGUCCCUGACACUCAGUGCUGCAGGAAGCAGCCAGUGACGGACAACAAUAAUAAUCUUACAUGUGAUACAUCACCUUUCACAUCAGCAGGACGUCUCAAAGCGCUUGAUAGGAUUCAAUGUAAAGUGUAGUGACUGUGUAAAUAAAGUAGAUUCUGCACAAUC